UUGGGGGAAGCACAUGUUUCUGAGUUUGUUACCUUCUUCAAUAAAAAUAUUUUUAUUACUUAUUCUCUACGUAAGGUAGAGAUUAAUUAAUUAUACAAACAUAUUUUGUAGAAUAUUUAAGAUAUGCUCAAAGUUAGAUAAGAAGGCCACUUACCUCGUCUAGUGAAUUUUAAUGCAAACAAUCUUUUUUUAAUAAGUAGUAAUUCUGGGCCAGGCAACCAGUAAUACGCGUUUGUCAUCUGUUGCUCACAUCAAGUUGCAUAAUCUGUGUUGUCACAUUUGACAUUUAGUUUAUUUACAAAUGAUGGCUGGUGUGGUUCCAAAAAGGGCAACAUCUGGGCGAAAACAAUGGACUUUACAUGACGGCCCCCGAAGCUCCCUCAAACGGCUGCGAAGCCAAAUGGCAACCGACGGUUGCCCCGAAUCGCAAGUCGUCCUCGCCAAACAACUGCUAGACGAGCCUUGCGAAACAGAAAUGCGGGAAAACGAGCAAUUGGGGGUGUACUGGUUGAUCAAAGCGUCCGAACAGGGCAACACCGAGGCCACAAACCUGCUCAAAACGUGCCUGCAAACGGGCAAGGGCAUCACAGAGCUGAACUAUCUAGAUGUCAAGCAGUGUAUCAGUAUGACACAGCACGAGAAACUGGCCAGGAAGGCCGCCCGGGAGAUGUUCGCAAGUUUGUCGAACGGGGGCGAUUACAUCACUUCCGACCAACUGCAAAGGAAAAUCCUGGCGAUAGAGCGCGAUCAGCUCCAGACAAUACACGAAAAUGGGUGCGUGAACGGCGAGCUGGCCUUCAACGAGUCGGAGUCAGACGAAGAGACCGAUUGGAGUCACAAAUCGGACCAGAACGAGAAACUAACGGAAGAGCUUUUGGUCUCGGCGGCUGUGGAUUAUUCCCACGGACACCUCCCUCUAGUCAAUCGAACUCUGUGCCUCUCAGACCCCGAUCUAAGGGCCUUGGAUAAUAUCCCCCUCAUUCAAAGGUCGAUCCUACACCCUGUUCUAGCCCUCAAGAUAUUGUAUUACAAACUUGUCAAAUUCUUGGGGCAAGGCUUCACUCUUUUUUUCCCCUUAGCUAAGUCCGAAGUCCAGCUACUUGUGCUCAUGGUGGUGUACACACUUGUUAGUGCCGACAAUAUUUUGUAUUUUUUUCCCUUGGUUCUCUAUUACGCUAGUUUUAUCGCAAUGGUGAUUUCGACCUUUCAGAUGUUGCAAAUCAAGCGCGAGUUUCACGAUUUCCGGUUGUGGUCCGGUUUAUUUAUCACGUACUCCGGGGGCGAUUUGAAUUCGGAAGAUGCCGAGUUUUUGUACGUCCGGAAUAAUCUCAAACCGUACGCCCUGUUUUUCGGCUCACUUUUACUAAAUUUCCUAGUCUACCCCGUAAUAGUUGACCAGUGGAUCCCCCAGUCUGAAUUAAUGAUAAUUUCGUUCUGUCUCACGUUUGCAACCCUUCUAGGCUUCAUGUACAAGAGACGGGGGAAGACAGUUUUCGACCUUUUGGUGUUUUUCAGUUUUGGGAUUAACGUCCUUGCGAAAUACCCCUACGAGACUGAUCCAGUGGUGGCACAAGGUUGGCGCUUUCUCGACCUAAAAAUCCCAACUUUCGCCAGCUAUGUGAUAGGAAACGGCAUCGAAUUUUGUAUCAAUUUCCGCCUGUUUCUCUACAUGUUUAUCCCGCUUUUGUUGGUCAAAAUCGCCUCACGCCAGGAUUGGAAAGGCACGUACCAAAUGUUGAUCCCCCACUGUGUGACCCUGAGCUGGCUCCAGGUGUGCAUUGUGAGCUCCGAGGGGGCCACAAUGUACGGCCUGUUGCGCGGCAGCUUGGCCUUAGUGGGGGUGGUGCUGUUCCUGCCCCUAGUGGGGCUCACAAGUGUGAUACUCCCCGCAGCUGCGCUAGCGAAAUGGGUCGUGGCUUCGAAUUUUUUUCUCGGGGUUUGUGUCUUCGUGGGGGCCACCGGGUUAGGCCUGGCGGUAUGUUGGGUUUGUGCCCAAACGAGGUUCAGCAAAAUCACCGCUUUUAUUCAAGUCGUUUCGACGAUUUUUGCUGUUUUAACCCUCAUUAAGUCAAAUUACAAAAAUGAGGAACACUAUUUUGAAAAUAAACUACCCGAGUAUUUGUCGUGGGACGUUUAUCAGCGGUUUUGCCACCAGCCGGUGUGGCAGGAGGAAAACAUCGCAAUUGCUCAAGUGAAGUGCUCCGAACUGCACAACUCGCACAUCAAUUGGGACGGUUACAUCAACGAUAUUAAAAUUUCGUCGAUCUCGAAUAAGUUCCAAACGAUUAUUGAUCACUUCCCUGUGACUUUGCGCCAUUAUCUUUACUGUUUUUACGGGGAAGAGACUCGAAAUGAUUGUACUGAUUUCCCCCCCGCGGUUCGUGAAGAGUGCAGCUCGUUCUACAAUGCAAUAAAAUCGACUAAAACGUGUUCGCUUCAAAAAUACAAUUCGUACACGUUUGAAAUAACAACGAAAGUGCAGUCAGCGAUUUGGGGCAAAAGCCCCGAAGUCACUCUUGUAGUUGACGAUUAUUUUCGAAAUUUCACCCUGGGGCUUAAGCCAAAUGACCACAUUUGGUUCAAAGGCACGUUGUUUAAUAACGAGGUUGUGGGGUCCGAUGGGAUUUUAGGGGGGUUCAAAACCCAUGUAAAAUUGGACGAAAUUGGUUGCCUUGCGUGUAGUAAUAAUAAACUGACGAAUGUUAAAAAAGAGAUUGAAUCUAGAUUUGAUAUUAAGAAUGUUAUUGAUGGUCUCGUUUUGGGACUCAAGUUUGUCCUCAAUGUUAUUUUAAGUCCAGUCGUAGUGUUUAAGUGAUUUGUUACGUAACUUAUUGAGAAUUGUAUUUAUUUAUGUUAAUAAAUGUAAGAGAUUAUUUAAGUUGUG